CACGCUCACUCACACUCGCCCUGCUCUGCCUGCCCGCCUGACACAGACGCUCUACUUACAGCGUCGGAGGCAGGACUGAGGCUCACACUAUCAGCUCAGCUUCUCAAUGGGGGGACGUGGCCAAAAGCAGACAGAGCGGUCAUUCCACCGGAGCCUUCCGCCGAGUUCGUGAGAGAGAAAGAAAGACAGAGGAGGGGCAACGACAAGCGAGGGCAGGCGGCGGAUGGGGGCAAAUUAGGACCCCCUUUCAUCUCAGCAGAGGAGUUUUGAAAGACUCUGAAAGAGAGAAGAGCAGCAUCUUUGUGGCUGAUAGAGCCGUGACUCUUUCACACACCUUGGUCAGUUUGUGACACCUAUUGUCCUCCCACCUGGGUGGCGUUUUUGAGGGACUCAUGUUGCUUUUUUGUUUUUGUUUUUUUAAAGAAAAAUCACAGCAGCAGAAGUCCAGGGUGAUUUUUUUUGUUUCUUUUUUUGGGGCUUACCUGCAGGUGGAAUUCAUGAAGAGACGAUGGAAUUAAGACGGACAGGCUGUGAUUCUGACUAAGCUCCUUUUCUCUAUCUGAACGCACUGCUCAGACUCGGCCUUACCAUGUCCUGGUUGUUGGCCAUGUGGAUUAGCCUCGGCUUCCUGCUGCUGUGCCAGGCCACACUCUACCAGACCAUCCAGCAGCACCAUGUGGCCCGACCCGGUCGCACCGACAUCCUCACUCUGGAGGGAGGAACCUGUGAGGUGAUUGCUGCUCACAGGUGCUGCAACAAGAACCGCAUUGAGGAGCGUUCGCAGACGGUCAAAUGCUCCUGUUUGCCCGGGAAAGUGGCCGGAACGACACGCAACAAACCCUCCUGCGUGGACGCGUCCAUCGUAAUUGGGAAGUGGUGGUGUGAGAUGGAACCGUGUCUGGAGGGAGAAGAGUGCAAGACUCUGCCCGACAACUCUGGAUGGAUGUGCUCAUCUGGGAACAAGAUCAAGACCACAAGGAACACCCAGCCAUACUCCCCUUUUUAGCUUCUGGAAGCAAAAUGCAGAGGAUGCGUCAACAGAAAUUGAGCUGCAUUCUUGCUUCUGUAAAGAUUCACCCCAGGACCUAACAGCGAGCUCCCAGUUGCAGGACUGCGCGCCAGGCUUUACACCCUUUCUGAACUUUUUGUCUCCUCCCGUUGAACUGACUAAAACUAUCACAUCCACGGCUACCGACUGGCUUACCCCGGGACUGCGGAAAGGAUAUCCAUCCAGAUAAAACAGCUUUGCUCACUUGGUGCCAAGGAUUUGAAACAGCACUAAUCCCCUGUUUGAUCAAUGAGCCCCGCGUCGGUGACUCUCUCUUCUUCCUGUGGCCAGUUUCCAACCUGCUCUCUUUCUGUUUCCUCACCCUGUCUUUACCUGAAAGCCUGAUACAACUUAGCAGGGGCUCAUUUAGAGGUUGGUCAAAUAUUUUGAAGACAAUCUCCCGGCCUGCCCGGAAGGUGAACCAGUCGAGGGGUGCACACAAAACUAAACUUGAGAUUCACACAAGUGGUUGCGCAGGGGAGUCACAUUGACCCUCAUUUUCUGUUAUUUCUGUGCAGAAAUCAUUCGUGUUUGACUCGCUGAUGGAGACAGAUGCCAUUUCUGUGAGUGCAGGAGAGGCAGGACUUUCAGUAACUUGGACCUGCUGGUUGCCUAUGAUGAGAUACGAGAACUCUCCUUCUCCUGGUCUGACUUUACGGCCCCGAGCUUCAUCCUCUAUAAGGGACACGUUGACUUUUACUUCUGGGCAUGCCCAAUGUAGAUUUCAUGAGCACCACAUUUAUUUUAUGUAAGAUCAUUUGUGUAAAUAAACACGUAAAUACACAAAGUACGCUGUAAGAUGACAGGUCCAAGAGGCUGAUAAAUGUGCCAUCCUAGUAACACAUCGACCAGUUCCAAAAGGAGCCGCUUCACAAUGUAAGCUUGUGUUGGGGGGGAAAAACGGCUGUGAAUGAAUUGUAAUGAUGAGUUCUGGGAUGCUUUUUGUUUUUGUCAUUCAGCGAUGCUUUCGGCUGGGCACCGGCAAUGCUUGAUGAGGAAAAACAAUGUAUAGAAUCGCCUCACGUGUGGAAGCAGAGCUGACAACACUUCUCGACCUUUGGGCCCAGACGCAGCAGGGACUCGGAGCAGCUGUGGAUAAAAUAUGAGCAUGAUCAUAAGAAACGGGCGUCGUGUCUCUCUCACGCACGGGAGACGGAGGAUUUGCUUACAAUGACAGAGAGAAAGUAUUAGUCCCAAUGGAGAAAAAUAGCUAUCCCCCAGUAGAUAUAAGACAGCCUUAUGAGAAAUAAAAUUUGUUUUCUAUACUGAAAUGUUGUCUGCCGUUUCUCCCGAACGUCGUCGUGAAAGAUGUUCCUCUUAUCACGGUUUGAUAUGUCGUAAUAUGUGGGUGGAAGAUCUUGUCAGAGAAUCAUUUACAUCAUGUGAUAACGUGUGAGCAGAGUUGUUUUUUGGGGUUUUUUUGCUCGAGUAAACAGGCAAUCAACAUCGGCGCAAGGAGAGUUUGAAAAUGACUUCCGGGCACAAGACACGGCGGUGUCUGCCGCAGUCACAAACGAAUCUGCGAUGCUUCAUUUACACAAUCCCCUCGGCGGCAGAGUGGAUUUAUCAAAACAGAACAUUCAAUUCAUUCAUGCAAUUAGAAUAAAGAUUUUCAAUAUCGGGGGCGGGCAAAAUUCCAGAUGAUUUUCAAUAUCAGCCUCCUCUCUCUCUCAGCUGAUAUUAGAUUCGUCUCUGGUCCCCGUGGAGGAGCUGGCGCACAUUCAUCAUUUAGGAAUGUGGCUAGUUUGGUGGCGCACGGCGCCUCGCUGAGCAGUCACAGAAGGUAUGAAAGAGACAGACGCAUCAAUCUCCCAGCGGCCUUGCCAGAAUCGUGAAGGAAUAUGCAAACUACGGAAAAAAAAACAUAAAAAACAUGCGAGAGCUGUUUUCCGCCUUGGCUCUUCAGCGGGUCGACUUCUUUGUUUUUCUGAUUUUUCGUGGAAUUUAACUUGACUUAAAGAAAGUUAAUUGGAAGAGUUUGUGAUUGGGAUGCACCGAGGAAUUGCCUGGCAAACAGUCUCGCGCUUUUAACUUCAGCUUUACCUCAAGAAGUCAAAAGCGCGAUAUGUUUACUAAUAACUUCAUAUCUGGUGCUAGCAGGUCAUGCUAACACCUUUUAGCAAGUUACUCAAGGGAUCCGUUAGCUAUUUUCAUUAUGUCUAGAUGAAGUCAGAGGAAGCAAAAAAGCUGUGAGAAGCUUCUCAAUGGAGAAUAUUUUCUAUAGAGGCAUUUCAGUUAUUUAUUCAAGAUGCUUCUAUUCAUUUA